GUAAUUGUAUGCUUGGGAUUGAAGAAUGAGAAGAAGGAUGGAUAGCAAAGCUAUGGAAAUGGUUAUUUCCUCUGAACCCACUGAUGAAAGAUCGGAGAACUUCAUCUGCAUACUCAUUGUGUCAAGGACUGAAGGAUCCCAAUUGUAAACUAAAGACAAUAGUCUUGUCCAGCUGCAAACUCUCAUUUGCUUUCCCUGAGGACCUCUCCCCUAAGACCCUCUUUACAAACAAGUCCCUGGAAAAGCUGGAUCUGAGUGCUAACACACUGGGAGAGUUAGGACUGCAACAUCUGUGUGAGGGACUGAAACAUCCACACUGUAACCUGCAGACACUGCUGUUGUGGCAGUGCCAUCUCACAGCUGCUUGCUGUGGGGAUCUCGCUGCUGCCCUCAGUACAAACCAGUCCCUGACUGAGCUGGAGCUGAGUGGGAAUGAACUGGGAGAUUCAGGAAUUAAAGGUCUGUGUGAAGGACUGAAACAUCCCAGCUGUAAACUGCAGAAAUUAAUGGUUUGGGAUUGCCAUCUGACUAACGCUUGCUGUGGAGAUCUCUCCUCUCUGCUCAGCACAAACCAGUCCCUGAAAGAGUUGAACCUGAGCAGUAAUAACCUGAGUUAUUCAGGAGUGAAAUUUCUGUGUGAAGGACUGAAACAUCCAAACUGCAAGUUAGAGAAGCUCGAUUUGUCAGAAAUCCACAUAGAUGAAAUAACAACCAAAGAAUUGGAAGUUUUGCUGAAGAUAAAACUUGGCUUGUCAAUUGUGCAUAAUGCAGCAUCCAGCCAUCAGAACCCAGGUACAAGGACAAGGAGGAUGGAAUGUCUUCUAUCUCAGUGUCAUACAUUCAUUUGUAGACUAAUGUCUCGGAGUUCAGAAACGAUGUGGAAUAUUUUUGUGAUGCACUGUUGGGAGGUUGGACUUGUUCUGCUAUUAAGCAUUGCUACAUAUUGGUUCACUGGUUGAUAAAAGGCUGCAUAGAGGAUUAACAAAUCUUGAGACAGUUUUGGCUCCCUUAAAGGAAUCUUAAUAGUGUAAAAGAUUUUAAGGGGGAACUGAUUUCCCUUUUAAAGCUGGGGUGUUAAA